UUAGCUUUCAGAAUACGUUCGGGAUCGGCUCCGCGAACGAAGCUAUUAUUAGUAAAGUAGAUAAUUUUGACACUUGCAAUUACAAAAAAAAAUUAGAAAAAAUUAUUUUAAGCAGUUUCAAAAUGUUACAUAUUUUAAUUGCGGCGAAACACGGCAACGUAGGAACGUGAUACUGUAGACAGCCGCAUUCGUUUUCCGUCAAAAGUGGCUCACUCUACCGGAAGAAAAGUUUUCUUUAUAAAUGAAAGACGUCAAUUCUUCCAUUUGUAAUUCUACUUUGAGAUGUCUCACAGAAAGUUCAGUGCACCACGUCACGGAUCUAUGGGGUUCUACCCCAAGAAAAGGUCGCAAAGGCAUCGUGAAAGGUAAAGGCUUUCCCUAAGGAUGAUCCCUCGAAACCUGUUCAUUUAACCGCUUUUAUCGGUUAUAAAGCUGGUAUGACCCACGUUGUAAGAGAAGCAGACAGGCCCGGUUCAAAAAUAAAUAAGAAAGAAAUCGUAGAGGCUGUUACCAUUUUGGAAACUCCUCCAAUGGUUGUUGUAGGAGUAGUUGGUUAUAUUGAAACUCCACAUGGUCUUAGGGCUUUGGCCACAGUUUGGGCUGAGCAUUUAUCUGAAGACUGUCGCAGACGCUUCUACAAGAACUGGUACAAGAGCAAAAAGAAGGCCUUCACUAAGGCAUCUAAGAAAUGGACUGAUGAUCUAGGUAAGAAGUCCAUUGAACGCGACUUGAAGAAGAUCAUUAAGUACUGCAAGGUUGUCAGGGUGGUUGCUCACACUCAGAUGAAAUUGUUGAAACAACGUCAAAAGAAAGCCCACAUCAUGGAAAUUCAACUUAACGGUGGAACCGUAGCCGAUAAGGUUGCAUGGGCCAGGGAACAUCUUGAAAAACCAAUCCCUGUUGCCAACGUCUUUGCCCAAGAUGAGAUGAUUGACUGCAUUGGUGUCACCAAGGGUCAUGGAUACAAAGGUGUUACUUCUCGUUGGCACACAAAGAAGUUGCCCCGCAAAACGCACAAGGGUCUUCGUAAAGUUGCUUGUAUUGGAGCGUGGCAUCCUUCUCGUGUAUCGUUCACCGUAGCCCGUGCUGGUCAGAAAGGUUACCAUCACAGAACUGAGAUGAACAAGAAGAUUUACAGAAUCGGAGCCGGAAUCCACACCAAAGAUGGAAAGGUCGUCAAGAACAAUGCUUCCACUGCUUAUGAUCUUAGUGAGAAAACCAUUACUCCAAUGGGAGGUUUCCCUCACUAUGGUGAAGUGAACAAUGACUUCGUCAUGAUCAAGGGAUGUUGUAUAGGACCCAAGAAGCGUGUCAUCACCCUCAGAAAGUCCUUGUUGGUCCACACCAAACGUGUCGCUUUGGAGAAGAUCAAUUUGAAAUUCAUUGAUACCUCGUCUAAAUUUGGACACGGUAGAUUCCAGACCGCCGCCGAUAAGGCCGCCUUCAUGGGUCCGCUCAAGAAGGAUAGAGUUAAGGAAGAAGAUAAGACCGCCGCACCCGCUGCGGCAGCAGUUUCCAGUUAGAUUUGUAUUUUUUAAGAUUUUAUUGAGUUGACAAUAAACUGGAAUU